AGGUGGCACUGAUUGGCAUUGAUAGGUGGCACUGACUGGCACUGAUGGGUGACAUUGAAAGGCAGCUCAGAUGGGCACUGAUAUGUGGCAUUGAUGUGCACUGGUAUGCACUGAUAUGUGGCAUUGGUGUGGCACUGAUGGGCACUGGUACGUGGCACUGAUGAGCACUGACAGGUGGCACUUCUGGGGCUACACUGAUCAUCAGGACACAUUGAUCAUCAGUGCUCUGCGGCAUUUUCCGUGUUUACAUGUGAUCAGCUGUAAUUGGACACAGCUG